GAUGUGAUGGUGGCCUGCCCUAUUUAUGUGCUUUUUACUGGAACCAAGGCAAGUUUGCAUGUUAAUGACCUUCAAAUGCAUCAAAAUGUGAAUUUAGAACGGCUGCUCGAUCUUAAGUGUACUUUAAUUAUUCCUUCUGUUCUGGGGUAUACCCUAUGAAGAGUUGUUGCUGCUGGAACUUGCUCCUUGGAAGCAACAGCUUGGUCAGAUCACGCAUAGAUUCUGACAACGACCUGAAAAGGAUUUUCCAACUAUGAAAUGCUGUGGUUGUGCAGGCUGCGUUGAGCGGCGUCUUAACCUUGAAGAAAAGAGAUAGAUUGUUUGCAAGGCAAUGCAAUUCAAGCUGCUUGGCGCGGUGCAUUUCAUCAUGUUAAAAUACCCCCAAAUCCAACGACCAAAUAGUGAGCUCAGUUCAUGUAUGCAGAUGAGCGCCAAGACCAUUGUGGCAGCAGCAGCUGCUGCAUUUCUUUUCUAUACUCACCUCUACUUCCCAACCGCUGCUCAUCUCUACUCCUCAACCACUCCGUUGGCUGGAACCCUCUUUGAUCUCACAAUGCCUCCCCCAUUGUACCCACUUUCGGCUGAUUCCACCUCUAUCCAUCAUCAGUAUGGCUGUAGAUACAACCCGCUGUGCGAUGACUUCCCACCGGAUUUCCCCCCGGCCGACACGCCAGCACUGUCGAUCUUCUGCGUCGACCCCAAUGGCUGCUGUGACUUCACGACCGUGCAGGCGGCAGUCAAUGCGGUCCCGAACCACAGCAGCAAGAGGAAUGUUGUGUGGAUCAACAGGGGCAUCUACUUUGAGAAGGUGACAGUCCCGGCAUCCAAGCCCAACAUCACAUUCCAGGGGCAGGGGUUCCACCUGACAGCGAUCGCGUGGAACGAUACUGCCAAGUCCGCGAACGGGACAUUCUACAGCGCCUCAGUCUCUGUUUUCGCAUCAGGAUUCAUCGGCAAGAACAUAAGCUUCAUUAAUGUAGCACCGAUUCCGAGGCCCGGUGCUGUCGAUGCACAGGCAGUGGCAAUCAGGAUCAAUGGUGACCAAGCAGCAUUCUGGGGUUGUGGCUUCUUUGGAGCGCAAGACACACUCCAUGACGACAGAGGCCGACAUUACUUCAAGGAAUGUUUCAUCCAGGGCUCCAUUGACUUUAUCUUUGGAGAUGCUAGGUCACUCUAUGAAAAUUGCAGAUUGAUAUCCAUUGCAGAUCCAGUGCCUUCAGGGCAAAGAUCAAUUACUGGUUCAGUCACUGCACAUGCCCGGGAAUCAGAAGAUGACAACACUGGCUACUCAUUUGUCAAUUGUAGCAUAGGUGGCACCGGUUCCAUAUGGCUUGGACGAGCAUGGAGACCAUAUUCUCGGGUCAUCUUUGCCUACACAUCAAUGUCAGACAUCAUAGCUUCUGAAGGAUGGAAUGACUGGAAUGACCAAACAAGAGAUCAGACUGUAUUUUAUGGAGAGUACAAGUGUACAGGUGAUGGUGCAAACCUGGCAGAUAGAGUGCCUUAUGCUCAGAAGCUUAGUGAUGUGCAAGUGUUACCUUACCUAAACACAUCUUUCAUCGAUGGAGAUCAAUGGUUAAAACCAUACUGUGACUCACUAAUAUCUGCUUGAAGCAAUUCUAGGUAAAGACAGACUUGAAACAGAGAAAAUAGAACAUCUCAUUGUUUGAUUUUUCUUACAUCAUAGUUCAUAGAAUCAAGAAUUACAAUUGUUCAAAGAUAAUAAAUAUUUGGUACAUUUGCUGUUUUCAAAAAAAAUUAUUACACAAAAGCAUGUCAUAAUCUACAUUCGAAAGGCAGAUACACAUUAAUGCUAGGGGAGAAAGGAGGCAACUUCAGGUGUUGCGUUACAAUAUUUGAUCCUUGCAUAACAUACAAUAGUUUACUAAUAUCAACAUUCUAUUUGCAAGAGUAGUCAUGUUGUAAUCAAAAUUGGCCUGAUCUCAUCUUCCUGUAUUCAGAUUGCUUGCAACAACUACUAUGCCUAGAAUGAAAUCUCACUUGGUGCA